AUGGCUACCACCGCCAACACAGAGAACCAAAGCCCUCCUGUGCACAUUACCGGAACACCCCCCCAAGAUCUUCCAGGGUAUACCACGGUAGCGACCUUCCCUCCCGGCUCAUUCCUCGAGAACCUCGCCGUACGUCGCGAUGGCUCGAUCCUCGCGUCGGACAUGCUGAGUGGGAGUAUCUGGUAUAUCAACCCUCAUGCCGAAGAUGGGCACACGCAGAGAACUGUCGAGUUGGUUCACAGAUUCGAACUCCACGACGCUCAGACAGAGGGACGCUUACCUGGCAACGUGGCUGAAGAAGAAGAAGCAGAAGAAGGUCAUGGAAUAUAUUCAUCCACCCCAGCCGCAGAAGCCAUCAUUGAAUCCCCAACCGAACCAGACUUGUUCUACCUCUUCUCCGGCAUCCACGGCAAGAAGGGGACAUGGUGGGUGUACGAGCUGGACAUGCGCUCAUUCAUCCCGUCCUCGAACCGUACAAGGACUGCAACCACCACGUCCGACGAAGGGGAGCAGGCACAUCAAGUAGCAAAAGUCAGGCGUCUGGCACCAGUGCCCACCGUGACAUGGCUGAACGGGGGCACCGCCAUUCCUCACCCGACAGAGCCCUUGAUCCUGAUGGCCGAGUCGUAUCAAGGGUCCUUGUACUCGUACAACAUCAAGACCGGAACCGUGGACGUCUGGCUCCAGCACAGACUCUUGGGGAAGAUGACCACAAGACCGCCCUGGCCGGGCGUCAAUGGCGUCAAGUACCACCACGACGGGAGGGAUGGCUGGGUCUAUUUCACAAACUCGGACCGCGCAAUCUUGGCGCGGGUGAGGGUUAGCGGCCAUCAAGGUGAUCCUGCGCCCGUUGCUGCCCGCGAUGCCCGGAACGGGCAGGUUGAAAUCGAGAGUCUCGCCAGCGGGUGUGGUGGUGACGACCUCUGCCUCGACGGACAUGGGAAUAUCUACGUCGCCACGAACCCGCACGACACCGUGCUGAAGUUCCCACGACUUGCGUCCCCGGAUGACGCUACCCAAGCACAAAGAGGGAAAAAGGGGGAACCAGAACGUCAAGUCAUUCUCGGUCUUCGCCGCCGUCAGUUGUCCGCUGAACAGGCGUCGUCGCCAUCGAAGGCAGACUCCGACUUCGAGGUCGACGGGGACACGACGGGACCUACCGCAGUCGCCUUCGGGACCACGGCAUCCGACAAGAAGGAUCUCUACGUCGUCACGAAUGGUGGGAUCAUAAAUCCGUUUGACGGUGUUGUCAGAGAGGCGCGAGUUUUGAGAGUACAUCUUUAG